AUGCUCGCUUUCAACUACGGAUCAUCCUCUCGGGCAGUACGCUCGCUCUGCGCCUCUACCUCCUACCCGCUUGUUGCCAUGUUCUCCUCAAUGAUGAGGCCCAGCUCGUCUCGGCAUGAGCCCUUGUCUCUGCGUGCUACUGCUGAUGGCUACAGCGACUCCAGUUCGACCCCCCAGAAACGGCUCUCGUCCGAGGACGACAGCUCUGUCUCCUUGCUCGAAGGCUCGGACAAGCUCCCCGCUCAAGCAUCCCCCCGGCCCUCCUCCCUGGUGCGCAGGCUGGGUCUCUACCUGUCCUUGGCCCUGGCGCUGCUGUCAGUUGCAAAUGUCGCUCUCCUGCUCGCCACACUUUCCAUGUACCGAGACAACGACCCGCUCAAGGUCAAGGUCGCGAAUCCCACCACCCCCCAGACCUACUACCACCGGGCUUGGCCGGAUAGAAUUGUCCGAGUGAGCCGCAAGUUGAAAAAGGCUGUAUGGGGUCAGGCGGUGCAAGUCUACAUCACUGUCGAGGACUCAACAAUCAUGCGGUUCCCCCUCCCCCCCGGCAGCGGCAUCGGCAACGCCUGUACCCUGUCCUGGCGGGCGCCUCCCGAGCUGUCCGGGCGUGCCAAGGACCUGACUACCAAGGGGGACGUGUCAGAAAUAGAAGUAUGGCAGCUCAUCGCCCCAUCGGUCACCGCCACCUCGGCCACGUCUCCUUCCACCAUGGACGAGCUCGACUACGACACCAUAUCGUACUCGACACUCCCCGUGCGCGGAGAGCUCCUCGGCGUGCUGAACCUCUCAGAGAAGCCCAACGACACGACAGCCGAGUUUGCCUGCCCAAGCGGAGCGGAGAGCCUUGUGGUGGAGAUGAGAUGCCAGCGUGUGGCGUGUCAUCUGAGCUUCAUGCAGAUUGAUUUGACGCCCAGCUUUGGCUUUGAGUUGCUGUCAAGAAAGUCCUAA